AUGGCACCCAUCUGCAUCCACGUCAACUUGGAUCGCAUGGGCCACUUCAUGGAGAGCGACGAGUUUUAUCGCAACCAGUUCGAGACCAAAACGUCUAAUGGAGCAUUGGACCCAGAGAACAACACGCGCAAGAGCUGGGAGCAUGAGCUCUUUGGUGGGGCCUACGACGAUGCCAAGGGCUUUGACCGCGUCAAGUAUGGGGCCCUCAACGUCAUGAACGACUACCGAGGCGUGGUCAAAGCGCGCCAGUACGGUGACUCCUAUCUCGUCCUCAAGGACGUCCGCUUGCGCUGCACCUUUUGCUCCACAGAUUCAGGAGGCAUGCAGCACCAGCGGCUUGGCGUGCUGGACAAAUACGGGCAUGUGCUGCUCGAGUACAACGACAAGGAGCUUCAGGGCCUCGUGGAGGUGGCCAUGAACGCCACGGCCCCCAGCGAGGGGCCGCACCUGCUUCCGCGGCUGCUGCGCGGGGGGACUGCAGAUUCCACGAUGGAGUGGGUGACAGUGGGCUUCCCUGACUACGCACAAGAGACUGGCCGCUUCUUCUUCGAGGUUCAGCUCUUCAAGGACUGUCGUGCUCCACAGAUUGGACUGCUGAGCACUGGCUUCGAGGUACGCGCCGGUGCCAAGAGCACGCAAGGCCCCACCCGCAUGUGCCAGUGGCGGGAAGAUGCGGGAAGGGUCUCGGACGAUCACUUGAAAGAAGUAUAG